AUGACUGACAUCACUAUCACUGGCUGGACGACUCGGGACGUCCGUUUCCCGACGUCCCUAGACAAAACGGGUUCAGAUGCGAUGAACGCCGCCGGCGACUACUCGGCAGCGUACUGCAUCCUGCAGACAGAUUCGUCCUACAACGGUCACGGCAUGACCUUCACCAUCGGCCGCGGCAACGACAUCGUGUGCAAGGCGAUUGACAAUGUUGCGGACCGCAUCAAGGGCAAGAAGCUGUCAGACCUCGUAGCCGACUGGGGCAAGACCUGGCGAUACCUGGUGGCCGACAGCCAGCUGCGCUGGAUCGGCCCUGAGAAGGGCGUCAUCCACCUGGCCCUGGGUUCCGUCGUCAACGCCAUCUGGGACCUGUGGGCCAAGGUGCUGGGCAAACCUGUGUGGCGCAUCGUCGCCGAGAUGAGCCCCGAGGAGUUCGUGCGCUGCAUUGACUUCCGCUACAUCACCGACGCCAUCACACCUGAGGAGGCCAUCGCCAUGCUCAAGGAGUCUGAGGGCGGCAAGGCGCAGCGCAUCAAAGACGCAGAGAACAGCCGUGCGGUGCCGGCGUACACGACGAGCGCUGGAUGGCUGGGCUAUGGCGAGGAUAAGAUGAAGGGUCUGCUGCAGGAGACGCUGAGCAAGGGGUAUCGCCACUUCAAGCUCAAGGUGGGCAGCAAUGUGGAACAGGACCGCAGGCGGUUGACCAUUGCCCGAGAUGUCAUUGGCUAUGACAAGGGGAAUGUGCUCAUGGUCGAUGCCAACCAGGUGUGGUCGGUGCCGGAGGCUAUCGAGUACAUGACCCAGCUCAAGGAGUUCAAGCCGUGGUUCAUUGAGGAGCCUACCUCGCCAGAUGACAUUCUUGGCCACAAGGCUGUCCGCGACGCCCUGAAGCCAUACGGUAUUGGUGUUGCCACCGGCGAGAUGUGCCAGAACCGAGUCAUCUUCAAGCAGCUCCUCAUGGCGGGUGCCAUUGAUGUAUGCCAGAUCGAUGCCUGCCGUAUGGGUGGUGUAAACGAGGUUUUGGCCGUUCUCCUGAUGGCCAAGAAGUACAACAUCCCAAUUGUGCCGCACUCGGGGGGUGUCGGUCUUCCCGAAUAUACGCAGCACCUGAGCACCAUCGACUACGUUGUCGUCAGUGGCAAGCUGUCCGUCCUCGAGUAUGUCGACCACUUGCACGAGCACUUCCUGCACCCAUCCGUCAUCAAGGAUGGCUACUACCAGACACCGACCGAGGCAGGCUACAGUGUGGAGAUGAAGCCUGACAGCAUGGACCAGUUCACCUUCCCCGGUCAGCCUGGUGUAAGCUGGUGGCAGAGCGAGGAGGCGAAGCCUAUCCUCGAGGGAGAGAAGAUCUAG